AUGGACCCUUUGAAUGCAAAGCUGGUCGCUGCAGCGACUGGCUCUACCAUGACCGCGUUGACCAUGACCCCCUUUGACGUCGUCAAAACACGCCUGCAGACGCAACCGCCGAGCACGCCGGUUCCUCCUUUCUCAAGAGCCUCGCCAACAGUAUGUUGCCAGCCGGCCAACGUCCCAUGUGUUCGAGGUGUCAGCACGCGGAGCAUGUCGUCGCUCGCACGCUCAAUACCACAAGAAAUCGUGUGCGUGUGGGACCACGGCGUCCUGCGCGCGGAGAGGGUGAACGGGUUCUACGAUGCCGUUCGGCAUGUUUGGAGGGUGGAGGGUCUCAAGGGGCUGUGGAAAGGAGCCGGGACGACGCUCGUCAUCGGCGUCCCGUCAUCUACAUGUUAUAUGCUAACUUAUGAUUACCUUCUCCGCGAGGCGCUCCCCCCGCUCUUCUCGAAUCCCACAUUCGUCCCCCUCACAGCCGGCAUCCUCUCGCGGACGAUCAUAACCUCCAUCGCGUCCCCGCUAGAGCUCAUCCGCACAAACCUGCAGUCGACGCCCCUCUCGUCCGACAACCCCCACACCCUCCGCUCCGUGCUGACCUCCGUGCGCGCGCUCGCGCGGCGCCACGGCAUCCGGCAUCUCUGGCGCGGGCUCGGACCGACCCUGUGGCGCGACGUGCCGUUCAGCGGGAUGUACUGGGCGACGUACGAGGGCCUGAAGCGCAGGUUCGAGCGCAGCGGGCGGACGGGGGCGUCGGUUGCGUUCGUGUGCGGCGCGACGAGCGGGACGACGGCGGCGCUGCUCACGUCGCCGUUUGACGUGCUCAAGACGCGGCGGCAGGCGCUCGUCAUGUCGGCGACUGCGGGGGAGGCGACGGGGACGCUGCCUCUGCUGACGCAGAUCCUGCGGACGGAGGGCAUGUCUGCGCUGUUCGCUGGCUUAGGCCCGCGCGUGGCCAAAAUUGCACCCGCAUGUGGGAUCAUGAUUUCAUGUUUCGAGGGAGUAGGACGGGUUUUGGCGAAGCAGGAUCCUCGCAUAACAUAG